CACCGCCGCUCCGCCUCCAAGGCGUUUUUGGGAAGAAAGGAUCACUUACAAACAAGGAUCUGUUCUUCAAGACGACACAUCAGGAUCAGUGCAUUGAUUAGAUAAAAAAAAAAAGGAUUAAAUACAACCGCGCAAGUCUUCGUGCAGUAGGAUUACGGGAUCUAGGUGGUGAAAAUGCGCCGCGGUCUGCGCGCUCCGGAGGGACACCCAGCGCGUCAGAAAACCAGGUUCUGCUGAACGCCUUGUGUUUACACAGGAACCAUCCAAAGCCACGUUUUAGCAGGCAGCCCUGAACGGGAGUCCAGCACGCAGCGCCGGAGACUUCGGCUGCUGUAUGCCAACAGACGGCUGGAGCAGCAGACCCGAGCGCGCAUACACGAUUAGUUUGAACCCCUUGUGGGGAAACUGUUCAUCGGACACACUUUUUGACAUUUCCAUGGAGAGCUGCAGCGGACCGAGAGGGUGAGCACAUGUGCUGGUAGCUAAGCCCCUUGUUGUUACACGAGCAUAACGCGUGGAUGCGAACAUGGGAAUUGUUGCGAAGUAAUCCCAACUUCGUCCUGGACUGGUGCUGCAAGGGGAAUGGUUCAUCGGUGAUAUUUUAGAAAGCGAUUUUAGUCCUCCUCCACCCCCUCCUCCCCUCCGUCGCUGUCUGCUAGUUCUGGACGGAAGAGUCUGCUGGGUGAACAUGGAGAGCCAGGAGGAGACGCAGAGCAGGACGGACAAGCGCGUCGCCCUGACUUACGUCGGCUGGUGCUCGCUUGACAGGCGGACCACGCUGCCCAUGCUGCCGUGGCUGGUGGCCGAGAUCCGGCGGAGGAGCGAGAGGGGCGACUGCGGCUCCGUCCUGCAGCCCAGGGAAGUUCAGCUGCUGCUCAACCCCCCCUUCGUGCGCUGCGUCCCCGCCAACAGCAGCAACUCGUCCGUCUUCAUAUUCGAGCACAAAGCCCAGCUGAUCUCGCGCUUCAUCCACAACAGCAACGACCUCACCUGUUUCUCCUACCUGCUGCGGGGCCAGCCGGACAACCCGGAGUCCGAGAUGUCCUGUCACGUCUUCAAGGCCAGCGACCCCAACCAGGUCCCUGAGGUAAUCAGCAGCAUUCGCCAGGUUUCCAAGUCUGCUCUAAAGGAAGAAGCUAAGCCUAGGCAGGAAGCUGACGAGGCCUUCUACAACUCUCAGAAGUUUGAAGUUCUUUACUGUGGCAAGGUUACAGUGGGCCACAAGAAAGCUUCAGCGACCCUCAUUGAUGACUGCGUUGAAAGAUUUCGCCAGCAUGAGACUGAACGUAAGCGCCUACGGCUUCUCAACGGUCAGCGAGGGUCUAUGGAAGCUGUCCCCGUGGAUUUACUCAUUGAAGUAGAAGGAGACCCAUUCUGCACUGGUCUUGGUAAGACUACAGAAGAACCUGAAGCUCCAGGACCAGAAGACGUGACCACAGGUAAAUGUCUGUACAGCAGUGCCAGUCAGAGCAGUCUACGGGGAGCCUUCCCCGAGUGCAUCCUGGAGGACUCUGGAUUCGAGGAGCCUCAGGAGUUUCGCACGCGCUGCAGCAGCUUGGCCGGAAGCCUGCAGAGGAAGCCAGGAGAAGGAGUCAUCAUCGGUCCCACGCGACGCCGACACUCCAGCGCACCCAACAACGUUCAGCCGUCUGAUUCCGACAAGAACCGCACUAUGCUGUUCCAGGUUGGACGUUUUGAAGUGAACCUCAUUAGUCCGGAUAGUAAAACAGUGGUGCUGGAGAAGAACUUCAAAGAUAUCUCGUCCUGCUGUCAGGGCGUCAAGCAGACCGACCAUUUUGGAUUCAUCUGUCGGGACCAGUCGGAGUCUGUCGCCAGCCAGUACGUGUGCUACGUCUUCCAGUGCGCCAGCGAGUCCUUGGUUGACGAGGUGAUGCUGACCCUCAAGCAGGCCUUCUCCACCGCCGCGGCCCUGCAGAGCAACAAGACGCCGGUACAGCUCUGCGAAGCAUGCCCCAUGCAUGAUCUGCACAAGCUCUGCGAGAGGAUCGAGGGUCUCUAUCCACCCAGAGCCAAGCUAGCAAUCCAAAAAUAUCUCUCCCAGCUGACUGAUAAUGAGCAGGCGGAGAUUUUUGAGCGAGUUCAAAGACUGAAGCCGGGGUCUGACCAAGAAGAGAACGAGUUGGCGAUUAUGUAUCUGAGGCAGCUCUGUGAGAGCAAACAAAAAUCCCACCUUCAUAUCGGAGAAGCCCCUCAGAAUGCGACAAAUAGCACAGCUGCAGGAGACGGCGCAGCCACCGGCAGUCGAUUCAAACUAGAUGUUCUCAAGAAUAAAGCUCGGACGUCCCUCACCAGCUCUCUGGAAAACAUCUUCGCAAGGGGUGCCAGCAGAAUGCGGGGCCGCUUGGGAAGCAUGGGAAGCAUUAGCAGUUUCGAAAGACAGGAUGAGGAAUCACCUGGUCACUCCCCUCCAGGCUCUCCUCCCGCCUUCCCGGACGACGAGCAGGAGUUUGGGCCGCAGUUCCGCCGCCGCGCUCACACCUUCAGCCACCCGCCGGUGAGGAAGCGCAUCUCCUUCGAGAGCCAGCCAGCCGGCCACGCCAAGCAGGCUCCUCUCCGCAGGCAGCACUCCGUCAACCCAGAGCUGCUGCAGACCAGUCACGCGGCCGUGUCGAGAACGCGCAGCGUUUCAGAGAGCGAGUCCUCCUCCUCCUUCGUCCUCCCCUCCACCUUCUCUGCUCCCACUUUCCUCAAAAGCUUUUACCAGGGAUCGCUGGGCUCCCUGGCAGACAGUGGGAGCCUCAAGAGCAAUGGAGAAGGCAGGAAAAGGACACUGUCUAGCUGCAGCAAUGACUCUCUGAGCGGAGGUCUCCCCCUGACCCCACGCAGGGUCUCCUGGAGACAGAAGAUCUUCCUGCGAGUCGCGUCACCCAUGAACAAGCCAUCUGCAUCUAUGCAGGACUCAGACCACUCUGAUGCCACGGAGCUGCUGCCUCUAUCUCCCCGUGCCUCCGACCCGAGCCUGGACCCCGUGAGGCGCCUUUUAUCCCCGCCGUCUGAUCAGCCGUCCGACAAGGAGCCCAAGAAGACGGGGGCCGAUUACAGGGCUCUCUGGAAAACUGCCAUCCACCAGCAGAUCCUCCUGCUGCGCAUGGAAAAGGAGAAUCAGAGGCUAGAAGAAGCGAGCCGAGAUGAGCUGCACAUCCGCAAAAUGAAGCUCAACUACCAGGAAGUGUGCCCCUGUUCCAAGGAAGCGCUGGCACUCUGGGAGAGAAAACUGUCAGCUCCAGGCAGAACCACAAACCUGCAGGACAAGGAGGACAUAUACAGGGCGAUCUGCCUGGGCGUUCCAAAAAGCAGACGCGGCGAGGUCUGGUUGCUGCUUUCCCAUCAGCGCCGGCUGCAGCACAGGCUCCCCCACCGCCAGCAAGCUCCAGACACGCCCUACUACGACCUCCUCAAGCAGCUCACCGCACAGCAGCACGCCAUUCUGGUGGACUUAGGCCGGACCUUCCCCACCCACCAGUACUUCUCAGCUCAGCUUGGUGCAGGCCAACUCUCCCUCUACAAUUUGCUGAAGGCCUACUCUCUGAUGGACACGGAGGUCGGCUACUGCCAGGGCAUCAGCUUCGUGGCCGGAGUGCUGCUGCUCCACAUGAGAGAGGAGCAGGCGUUCGACAUGUUGAAGUUCUUCAUGUACGACCUGGGCAUCCGGCGCCAGUACAAGCCCGACAUGGUUUCUCUGCAGGUUCAGAUGUACCAGCUGUCCAGGCUGCUCCACGACUACCACCGGGACCUGUACAAUCACCUGGAGGAAUACGAGAUCGGGCCGAGCCUCUACGCCGCGCCAUGGUUCCUCACCCUCUUCGCCUCACAGUUCCCCCUUGGCUUUGUGUCGCGCAUCUUUGAUUUUGUAUUUGUGCAGGGUACCGAGGUGAUCUUUAAAGUGGCGCUCUGUCUGCUGAGCAGCCAUGAGGGGGAGAUAGUGGAAUGUGACAGCUUUGAGAGCAUCGUGGACUAUCUGAAAACGACGCUUCCCAGUCUCACACAAACACAGAUGGAGGAGACCUUUGCAAAGGUUAUGGAGAUGGACAUCUCCAAGCAGCUGCACGCGUACGAAGUGGAGUACCACGUCCUGCAGGAUGAGAUGUUGGACGCCGGGCCGGCGGCCGACGACUCGGAGCGCCUCGACAAAUUAGAGAAGACGAACGUGCAGCUGAAGAAACAGAACAUGGACCUGCUGGAGAAACUGCAAGCUGCGCGGCAGAAGAUCCAGACCCUGGAGACGAGCGUGGAGAACUUCCUCUCUCGGGAGAGCAAAAUGAAGCACAUGAUUCGCUCCCUGGAGCAAGAGAGGGCAGCCUACCAGAGGACCAUUGAACGCAUGCGCUCCAGCCUCCCCCCAGACGCCCUGACAGAUGUGGAGAUGACCCAGAUGAAAACGGGACCCAACGGGAAAGCCAAAACCGCAGCCAAGAAGCCCUGAUGGCAACAGAGGGGGGGGAAUGGGGGAAUGGGGGGGUGAUGAGCUACACUUUACUUCUGUGAUGAAGUGUGACAGCGUUUUGUAAAUGUUCGAGAAAGACGGACCGUGUGGAAAACAUAUCUGUUGGGUUUGCGCGCAGACGAAAGAGCGGUGGGAGGGUGGUUUCAGUGAAACUGUCGAGAGUUGUUUCGGGUUGUGCAGAAAAGCCUCCGUUUGUCUCAUCUGAUUCACCACCGGUUUGAAGGUACAAUCCAGUCCCACAUCGUCCCUCAAUGGUCGGAUCUUUUGUGCUAAUUAGAAAGUGGGGAGGGGGGGAAUUUCCUUGCUAGCACUGCCUUGAUGUAUUCACUGCCUGCCAGAGUAGCUCCACAGAAGCACAUCACCUGGUAGACCUUUUUCAGGCCUGCUCACAGCCGCUAGCAGCGUGUGAUCCGCGAGGUUUUGUUCUUUUUUCCACUUUUGUCUCCGAUGGACGCCUUGCCUCGUCGCUUUAAUACAUUUUAAGCGCUUACAUUUUUUUUUUUAUGAAUGUAUGAAUGUAAUGUCUCCCCGUGGGUCGUUCUAAUAGCAUUCAUUCUUUCACCGCAAUCUUCAGCAGUUCUAAGGGGGGGUCACAUCACUUAAGAUCUUUCGUACCGUUGUUGUUGUUUUUUUUGUUUCUUUUCGAGGAGGAAACGUUUCUUCCAGAUCUCGGGCAGGAUGUGAAGUCGCCUGCCUCCUCGGCUUCCUGUAAGACGCUGGCCGCCUCAGACGUCUCCGUUUUAGCACCGCCUUCAGACUCCGUGGCAGAACUCGCGCUCCCCAGGAGGCGCAGACUAAACAGACUGAGGCGCGGAGACGUGAUCCGAAUGUACGCGCUGCUGCACUUAAGAACAAAAAAAAAAAAAAAAAAAAAAAAAAGCUCUGCGAGGCACCGCUAAUUUUCAGUUUCUGCGGCACCUCUCCAAAGUAUUCAUAGCCAUUGAACCGUUUCCCGUUUUGUCUCGAUGAAAAUGUCUGUAUUUUCGCAUGCUUUAUUCCAAUAUAUCGAUAGAAAGUGGCAUAUAAUUGGGAAAUAGAAGGAAAAUGAAACAUUGUGGCUGUCGCACAGGACACACACACCCAGGCUCAUGCACUCUUGGAGUUCAUUAGUGAACAAACAGCAUCUUGUCUGGAGGAGCUGCAGAGGUCAGCAGCUCAGGUGGAUUGGAUAACUACUCGUCGUCCUCUAAGUAUGUCUAACACAUAAAUUAUAUUUAUGUGAUACCCAUUCUAACACAUAAAUUAUAUUUAUGUGUUAGAAUAGGCCAGUCAAAGUCUAGACCUUAACCCGAUCCAGGAUCUGCGCCAGCGCUAGAAAACUGAUGUUCACAGAUGCUCUCCAUCCCAUCCGACUGAGACUGAGCUCUUUUGCAAAAGAGAAAUGGAGAUAAAUGUUCAAUCUUUAGAUGCACAAAGCUGGUGGAGAUGUACUCUUGCAGCUGUGAUUGCAGAGAAAGGUGGUUCUGCAAAGGAUUUGGCUCGGGGAGGAUGAAUGCCGUUACACAGCACAUUUUCCAGAUUUCUAUUUGGAAAUUUUCUACGUGUCAUUCCUUCCACUUUACAGUUCUGCGUUACGUUGUGUGGGUCUAUGAUGUAACAUCUGUAUAACAAAUUAAAACUCGUAGCUUGACAAAAUAUGGACAGGUUUAAUGGGCAUGAAUACCUUUGAAAGGCACUUUAUUGUGCCUGAGGUACGCCGCUGUUUGACACAUGUCCAAAAAUCAAGAGUUAUAGUCAGGCAGAGAAAGAAGAAAGGAGCUAAAAUGAGUCUAAGGACACUUGAGUUUCCCCCUCAGCGAUAAUGAAUCUUGUUUUUUUUUUGUUUUUUUUUUAUACAGUACACACACACACGCUGCAGUGAACUGGUUGACUGUAUGGACAGACGCUUUAUAUGAUUUAAAAGCUCUGUCCCUGGUUUCUGCUUUGAUUUCGUUUCAUCCCACCUCCAGGUGUGAAUCACUAUCGCUUUUUAUUCAAGUGAAAAACCUGUUCUGGUUGUUUUUGUUUUCUUUUUAGGUGGAAAAAAAUAAACACUUUUUUUACAAUUAAAUUAGGGUCACUUCUGCCACAAAACAAGAAAGUGUCUGUCAGACUUCCUGCCCUUAGAGACAAGUGACGGCGACACAUUUGUCUCAGUUUAAGUGCAAAGUUUUUUAUAUUCCGGUACUUCAGUCCCUGAGGACGCUUGUUUAGCGAGCGCGUGCAUAUGCCUGGUGCACUUCUUUACUUUUAAGUUACAGCAGCCGAUUCACACAAGAUGUCAUUUGCUGUUAUGUAAAUAAGGCCUUAAGAUAUCGCCGAAAACAGACUUUCCUUAUGUUGAUUGAGGUGUAACAGAGAAAUGAACUGCAUGGAUUUACCCUGCAAGACAUAUCAAAUGACUGCUUAAAAAAAAAAAAACUACAACUUUUAAAGGAUGACUGCGGCGGAGAGGAACUAAGCCUUUGCCUGUAGUUUGUAUUACUGCAGUAUUUGUACAUCUUAGUAAUAAGACCAUUGAACCAAAGAUGUGCUUUAUUUCCUGAAAAAUAUGAAUGAAUUCAUCCAAAAUGCAGCGGUGUAUUAUAAGUUUUAUGGGCUCUGGCUGAAGUUUUUUUCUUUUUUUUUCUUUUUUUUUUUUUUUUUUGGAUGUUGCUUCAACGAAAACUUGAAACAAUGCCAAAUAUUGGUCACAAAAAACUUGAGUACUUCAUAAGAAAUGUAAUGUCUUUUUUUCUCACGAUUACACAACUUUUAUUUUCUUUUGCCUUGCAAUGCUCUGUAUACUGCGACCCUGUGCAUUUCAUGUCACAGUCGCAUAUUGUACACUAAAGUGUCGGCCUUCUGUCCUUUUUAGCUGAUUUCCUAAGUAUAAAUUUACAACAUUUACAUUUCUACAGUGUUCAGGCUUUAACUAUGGAACCUCCAAAAAAAAAAAACACCACAAACUGGAUGGAUGGAUGGAUGGAUGGAUGAAUAGAUAAACAUAAAAAAGUGUGUAGUUGAAUGGAAGGACAGACGGAGGGAUGGAUGGAUGGAUGGAUUCUUGGAUGAUCAGAUUGAAGGAUGGAUGGAUAGAUGGACAGAUGGUCAAAAUGAUGGAAGAAUGGGUAAACAGGUGGAUAGUGGGAUGGACGGAUGAAUGGAUGGGAGGACAGAUGGAUGGGUGGGUUGUCCAUCACAUAGAUGAAUGAUCAAACAAAUGGAAACAUGUGGUCAAAGUGAUGGAAGAACGACUUGAAGGUUAAUGGAUGGAUGGGUGGACGUUCAAACGGAUUAGCGGAUGGAGGAAUCAAUCUCUUCUCAGUACUCCAUAGAUAUCCCGGCCUGGACAAUACUUACAUUUCAUACUUUUUCACUGUGCGUUGGAGCUCUGUAAACGCGCCUUGGAGUUGAACUGGCAGAAGGUUUCAGCCGAUGUUCUGUUGGGUUCAGUGAAGGCUCUGCAUCUUGAGUCCUCGUAUCACUGUUUAAACUGUCAACAUGAGGGCUACACUGAAGCAAAGAAACUGUCCUGAAUACACCAAAUAAACCUCACCUUACCUUGU